GGACAACUAGGACAGUUACGAGUUGCAGUGGGAGUAUUUGAUGAAGCUGUAUACGGUGCAGUGUUAAUUUUCACAACCUUGGAAAACUGUUUUAUACAUUAUUAAUAAUAAUCGUCAGCCGCUGCCGAGUGUAAUAAUUUACUCCAGGUAUCAUCUCUCUCCCCUUGUCCCUGGUUGCUGUCGGUUUUUCCUCCCAUCUCGUCGCUGCUGCCGUCUCCCUCGAUCGCCCUGUUGCCAGCCUGUCUCCAUCCGUUUCCCUUGAGGUUAUUAUCCUGCGUUCUUUUCUUUUUCCUUUCUCGCGUUUCUUUUCCAGAGUCGGGUUGUUUCUUUCUUGUCUGGCGACUCUGGUUCCUAUCCUUUCGGUUUCAUCGUCCUGCCCGUGCGACGGGGAGAUGCGCUCCUUUCCCAACCUCUAAUCCCCACAUCGUUCGUCCCUUCGAUAUAUCCCCCGUCUCUUCCAGACGGGCCAUUACGUUUCUUCUCCGCCGGUCGUUCUGUCGGAUUGCGGAUGUUCCGAGUUCUUAACUGGCCUUUGGCUUAGGAACUCCUCUGCCGUAUGAGUUUAUGAGUCGAUCUCAGCGCCGACAGCAACACCACCGCCAGUUUCUCAUCUUCCCUCCCUUUGCGAUCUGCCCACCUGCGAUCUACGAGUCCGUUGACUCGAUUCUCCUACCCCAUAAGGGUUAUAUAUAAGGGUUCAGGGCGACUGGUUUUCCAAAGCAAUAAUCCCGGACAAAUACCUUUGGGGAGAGCGAUAUUAGGCCCAACUACCACGUGGGUUUUCCACGAAAUCAUCCUUGCGAGUGCGCCUAUUUGGAGAACCUUCUUUAAUCCGCGUUAUACAAGACAGACAAUUUGCCAUUGUAUUUCGCUCCUUUCCGCUCGCCGAGUACAUACGCGAACGCUACAAUGGGUUGCGUAGGUUCAAAGCCCUCCGAUCCGGGGGACAAGGAAGCCCUGCAGCGGAAUGCCAAGAUAGACAAAAUCCUGAAAAGUGACAAGAAGGCGAUGGAUAGAACAAUCAAGAUCCUCCUGCUCGGCGCUGGAGAAUCUGGAAAAUCCACUAUUAUAAAGCAGAUGCGAAUCAUACACAAAAGAGGGUUCCCCGAAGAUGAGCGUUACCAGACACGAGCAGUCAUCUACUCUAACCUUGUUGUUGCCUUCAAGGUAUUGCUGGACAUCAUGAAUGCAGAGAAUAUCGAAUAUGAACAUGAGAACACAAGGCCUUUCGCAGCAUUCCUGGAAAGCACAGAAGCUGAUGUGGAGUUGGAUCAAGCGUUUUCAGACCUCGAAGUCCGCGAGGCCAUGAAAGAGAUGUGGCGGGACGCAGGCGUUCAGAAAGCAGUUUCUCGGGGGCACGAGUUUGCACUUCAUGACAAUCUACAAUAUUUUUUCAACUCGCUUGACCGCAUGUUUGAGCCAGGAUGGCUCCCCAACAACCAAGAUAUGCUGCAAGCUCGUUUACGAACGACUGGAAUCACGGAAACCCUGUUUGAGAUGGGUCAGUUGAACUUCAGGAUGAUGGACGUUGGCGGACAACGAUCGGAGCGAAAGAAGUGGAUUCAUUGCUUUGAAGGCGUUCAAUGCCUCCUUUUCAUGGUUGCACUUUCAGGCUACGACCAAUGUCUCGUGGAAGAUCAGAACGCAAAUCAAAUGCACGAAGCGAUGAUGCUCUUCGAGUCCCUGGUCAAUGGCGAGUGGUUCAAACGGAAACCCAUCAUCCUCUUCUUGAACAAGAUCGAUCUUUUCAAGCAGAAGCUACCCAUAUCUCCCGUAUCCAAACACUUUCCAGAUUACGCCGGGUCGAACACCGACUUCGAUUCCGCAGCCAGAUACUUUGCCGAUCGUUUCCGUGGCCUUAAUCGGGUUCCAGACCGCGAAAUCUAUAUCCACUACACCAAUGCUACCGACACAACACUGCUGAAGGCUACGAUGGACUCGGUACAAGACAUGAUUAUUCAGAAGAAUCUUCACACUCUUAUCCUGUAGGUCGCUCUAUUUCAGGAUUGGACUGUCUCCUUUUUAAUUGGAAUUUGCGCCAACCGCGAGACAGAAUAUAAUCCGUUCCAGCGAAUAAACAUCUUCCGCUGCGUAUCGGCUGGGAUGACCAUACCCAUUUUAUAUAACUACUUUUCUUUUCCUUCAUUCUCCUGAGACAUAUUGAUGGGGCAAAAUAGUUGUUAGCUUCCAGCGUUUCGUGAUCAACUAUUCGACACACAUUGUUUGUUUUACGAUACUUUUCUGGGUUUCAAGGGCGGUGUUUGUUGCGAUGUCAUACCACUAAUCUUUCUUUUGUAUCAUUUUCUUUCCGUUCCUCUUCUGUGAGGCUGCUUCUUAUGACUCUCGUCGCAUGUUUCUUUUUAGCCUCUGGGUUUACUUGUGUCUAUAUUAUUUUUCUCGCUUAACUCUGUUCUUAUAACUUCUCUUGCAUUCUCAAUAUACAUUCUCUUUUGCUUUCCUUGCUUUUCCCUUUGCUCUUGAGGUAAUAACAGCCUUCUCUGCAAUCUCUUGUCUCAUUCGAGCCAUUGUGUGUGUACUGUAUGUAUAGGAGAGAAACUUGGACAGUUAAAGUCCCAUUUUUGGGAUUUUAUCCUAGAACAUACCAGUAGAUCCGAAGAUAAAUCAAUCCUCAGGGCAGGGCGGAGAAGCACGGGACAAGUUUGCUUACAUAAGCGAUGUGGUCAAGUGACAAC